CAGCAGGGAAUGUGGACCAGCCUGGGGUGCAGGAAACACAGCACCCCACGUGGAGAGCUCAGAGGACAGCGGACAACCUCCUAAAGGAGGUGUCGCCUGGAAAAGCAGGCACCGACCUCAGAGUGAAAAGCUGAUCUCAGGGAGCACCUCGCGGGCGCCUGCUUGCCUGCUGAUCGCCACAGUAGCGUGAGAUGGCCAUGCCUUACGCAGGGGCUGAGGAGAAAAGACACUCGCGACGGGUGGACUCACUGCACCGUAGACCACUUCUGCCCCUGCGUAAGGCAUGGCCAUCUCAGUCUACUGUGGCGAUCAGCAGGCAAGCAGGCGCCCGCGCUGGGGAAGGAAAGGAGGUCUUGUUCUCUCCCACUGAGCUCCGGUCCGGACUGAAGAGUGGAGAGGAGAUGCAAGGCCCUUGGAGACAACCUAGCGGUCACCAGCCCUUUGUGUCUUGGCUGAGUGAAGCAGAUUUAUUCCGGGACUGCAGUCCUCGCGUUCUCUGUCCCAUACGGGCCGCGUCUCCCGCCAGAAUCCCCGUCUCAGACCCGAGGGGCAGUGCGCAGAGCAUGAAGAUGGCACUGGAGGUCUUUCUUAGGAGCUGGCACAGAUCAGAGGUCAGUCUGUCUACACGCUGCGAACGGCCCCCCGUGGCCUCUGUCACGUCUCUAAGGACCGUCACAGCCCGGCCCCGAGUGAGACAACAGGAAUCAUCACCCAGAUGCCCCUUGCCAACGCUGAAAACCAGCACAGCCCUGCACUCAAGGCACCCGCAGGCAGGCAGGCGAGGAAGAGGCCGGUGCCCAAGGAGGAAACACUGAAGGAGGACAAGGCAGAGACAGAGCUAAGUGUGCGCUCCCUUCCCACCCGUUCCCAAAGCAAUCUCGGGAGCUCCCAGGGUCUCCCAGGGCCUUCGCAUGCUGCUGCUGGUCGUUCAUGGUCCCUGCCCCCAGCGUCCGGUUGAUUUGUGGAGGUCAGAUGAGCCUGAGCCGCGAGUGGAAGAGAAGAA